GGAAGUUUUGUCACCGUGUCCGCCCGAUUUCAGAGAGACCGUCCACUCGUGUGCGAUUUCUCUCUCUGUUCGUGACAUCGAAACCGGCCGAAAGAACAACGAAAGAGCAAACGAAGGAAGUCACGAAUUCGCCGAGGAGGCGACGAGGGCCGACAAGUGUGAAGAAGAAGCUCAGCACAAAUUUGACCAGAGAAUCGCCCACCUUCAUUGAUUGAACCGCGAGCUUGCCGUUGGGGGGCGGAGGAGGAGGAGGAGGAGGAGAGCAGGUGACGUCCGCCCAAGCGGUCGCAUUUCCUCUGGGAAGGAAAAGUUGUCCGGGCGAUACCGUAAGUGGGCGGCGAAGAAGCGGUACGUGAUGGAUCCAUCUGGGUGUGGCUCUGAUAUAUGGUCCUACAUACCAAGUGUUUGUCUUAAUGCCUCAAUGAACGCAAGCGAGAUAGACAUGAGGUACGUGAAACCUUUGAGCUUGUUCCAAGAUGUAUUGAUGGCGCAUACGAAGAAAAAAGGCCGCUUGCUAGGGUUGGAUGUUGGCGAUAAGUAUGUUGGACUUGCUGUGUCGGAUUCAAGUAACAAGAUUGCAUCACCCCUGAGCGUUCUGCUUAGGAAGAAGACAAAUAUUGACUUGAUGGCGACGGAUCUUCAGAGUUUGGUCUCUGAAUUCUCACUACUUGGAUUUGUGGUCGGCUGCCCUCUUGACCGGUUUCGUAGUAGCAAUCCUGGUGUUGUGCAAAUGAAGCGUUUUAUUGAUGAGCUUUCUAAAACAGGAAAACUUGAAGGUGUUUGUUAUACGUAUUGGGAAGAAAGCUUUACAUCCAAGAAUGUGGAAUUGUUGUUACAACCUUUGACGUUGCAUCCAGUAGCAGCGAAGACAAUAGUGGACAAGUUCGCUGCUAUGGGGAUACUCCAGGGAUAUUUGGAUUAUGCCAACAAGAAGCAGAGAUCGGAGUCUUCUGAAUAGGACAUAUGCGAGAACUGUGGAGGCUUUCUCAUUCUCAGAGGUUAUCUUGCAUGUAACCCGCAAAUUGCGAUGGUAAAAAUGCAGUGCCAUUACCGCCUGUUGCUAACGCACCAUAAAGAGUUUUAAGAGGGAUGAGUAGAACGAGUUUUGGCAAUUUUUGGUUCGUAUGUUGAGAGGAAAAGCACAGGAGGGUUUCAAUUGAUUGCUCUCUCUUUCUCUCUCAGAGGUUACACAAGACCAUCUAACAAGUGAAUAAGUGAGAUUAAUUUGAUUCAUUUUUAAGCUUGUA